GCCGCCGCCGGGCUGACGCGCCGGAGAGCGGCGGGCGGCUCUCGCGAGAUCUGCGCGGCGUCGGAGCGCGGGGGGCCCCGGCCGUCAAGGGAAGCGGGAGCCGCCGGUGGGGAACAUGUCGGAGUCGGAGCUCGGCAGGAAGUGGGACCGGUGCAUGGCGGAUGCGGUGGUGAAGAUCGGUACUGGCUUUGGAUUAGGACUUAUUUUCUCACUUACCUUCUUUAAAAGAAGAAUGUGGCCUCUAGCUUUCGGUUCUGGCAUGGGAUUGGGAAUGGCCUACUCCAACUGUCAGCACGAUUUCCAGUCUCCAUAUCUUGUACAUGGAAAAUAUGUCAAAGAGCAGGAGCAGUGACUGCAGCCGAGAACAUCCCAGCAGGAGGAAAGUGAGAUCCUGUUUACUCCUCAGGAAUAUUGAAGUGCCCUGGAGUAAGCUGACAUUCUUCUGGAACAAUGUUAUCGGUGAUGCUUUAAACUCCGGCACACUGUUUAUGUAUUUGAAACCGAGUCUGUUUCUUGUUUUGUAUUUUCUCUCUGGAAAUGGCAAGGAGGUGGUCUUAAAAAAAAUAAAUUAAAAAUAGGCA